AUGAAAAUGAUUCUGCUUGGUGUCUGGACCCUGCUGGCCUUGAUCCCUUGUCCAGGGACCACAGAAGAGCUGUUUGAAGUGUCUGUUUGGCCAAAUCAGGCCCUGGUGGAGUUUGGACAGUCCCUAACUGUCAACUGCAGCACCACCUGCCCAGACCCAGGGCCCAGUGGAAUCGAGACCUUCUUCAGGAAAAGCCAGCUGGGCAAAGGGCCUCAGUGGAAGGAGUUUGUCCUGGAGGACGUCACAGAGAGCUCUGUCCUGCACUGCUUCUUCUCUUGUGCAGGGGUCCAGAAGGACACAGCACUCCGCAUCACCAUGUACCAGCCACCGGAGCAGGUGAUCCUGGACUUGCAGCCCGAGUGGGUGGCCAUGGAUGAGGCUUUCACAGUGAAGUGUCAUGUGCCUAGUGUGGCACCCCUGCAGAGCCUCACCCUUACCCUUCUCCAGGACGACCGAGAACUGCACAGAAAGGACUUCAUGGGUUUUUCUGUGGCAUCCCAAAGAGCCGAGGUCACUGUCAAUGUCAGAGCCCAGCGGGAGAAUGACAGGAGCAAUUUCUCCUGCCAUGCAGAACUGGACCUGAGCCUGCAUGGUGGGGGGUUGCUUCAUGGCAGGUCAGCCACCAAGGAACUCCGGAUCUUUGAAUUCUCUCAGAGUCCCCAGAUCGGGGUGUCUUCACUCCUGGAGGUUGGGGUGGCAGAGACUAUGAUCUGCGAGGUGACUAGGGUGUUUCCUGCCCAGGACGCUGUCUUCCGCAUGUUCUUAGAAGGCCAGGAGCUGAGCCCCUUCUCCUCCUGGAAGGGAGAUGCAGCGUGGGCCAGCACCACCAUUCGGGCCAUGGAGACCGGUGACCAGGAGCUGACCUGCCUUGUGUCUCUGGGUCCAGUGGAGCAGAGAGUCAGGAAACCAGUGCAUGUCUACAGUUUCCCUCCCCCAGUUCUGGAGGUCGAAGAUGCUUACCCUCUGGCAGGGACAGAUGUUAACGUCACCUGCUCGGGUCAUGUGUUAACAUCACCUAGCCCUACUCUUCUACUUCAGGGAGCUCCAAACAUCUCUGCUCCCGGCGAGCCUGCCUGGUUCCUCUUUACUGCCAGAGAGGAAGACGAUGGCCGGAAUCUCUCCUGUGAGGCCUCUUUGGAAGUGCAGGGCCAGCGACUGCUCAAAACCACUGAGAUGCAGCUUCAUGUCUUAUACAAGCCUCGGUUUGGGGAAUCCGGCUGCCCUGGCAACCAGAUAUGGGUAGAAGGAAUGGAGCAAAUGCUUGCCUGCAUCCCAGAGGGCAACCCUGCCCCAGCUUUGGUGUGUACGUGGAAUGGGAUGAUCAUUGACCUUGAUGUACCUCAGAAGGCCACCCAGAACCUCACUGGAACCUACUGCUGCACAGCCACUAACCAGCUGGGCUCUGUCAGCAGAGAGAUUGAUGUCAUUGUCCAAGGACCACAUGAAGGGAUCUCCUCCCCCACCAUCUUCAUCAUCACCAUUCUCACCCUUGGCAUGGCUGUGAUUACCGUAGCACUGUUUGUGAACUACCAGCCCUGCAAAAGAAACAGGAGGAAACAGCCCUCUAGGCAGAGAGGGCGGAACAAAGACAAGGAAGGCCAGUUUGCUGACAUAUAG